UUUCUAGUCUAUAUCUUUCUAUUUCUAUAUAUGGAAAGUUAAAAAAAAUCAUCAUAUAAUAAUCCAGAAAAGAAAUCGAAAUAGAAAAGAAAAAAGGGAGGUUUGGGAUGAUUUUGAAAUCUUUUCUACUAGGGAAUCCAGUAUCCUUAUGCAUGAACAUAAUAAAUUCGAUCGUUAUGGUCGGACUCUAUUAUGGAUUUCUAACCACAUUCUCCAUAGGGCCCUCUUAUCUCUUCCUUCUCCGAGCUCGGGUUCUGGAAGAAGGAGAAGAAGGAACCGAGAAGAAGGUAUCAGCAACAACGAGUUUUAUUGCAGGACAGCUCAUGAUGUUCAUAUCAAUCUAUUAUGCGCCUCUGCAUCUAGCAUUGGGUAGACCUCAUACAAUAACUGUCCUAGCUCUACCAUAUCUUUUGUUUCAUUUCUUCUGGAACAAUCACAAACACUUUUUUGAUUAUGGAUCUACUACCAGAAAUUCAAUGCGUAAUCUUAGCAUUCAAUGUGUAUUCCUGAAUAAUCUCAUUUUUCAAUUAUUCAACCAUUUCAUUUUACCAAGUUCAAUGUUAGCCAGAUUAGUCAACAUUUAUAUAUUUCGAUGCAACAACAAGAUACACAAUGCGUUGUUGAUGGUCCCAACAAUGCUAGUGUUUCUUGCUGGGGUCACAAAAAAUGCACAGAGGUUACGAGCACUUAAUCUCUCAGGCUUCCCGAGGCUCAGAGAGUCGAUGUUGUCGAGCCUUCAUGGGCUUAGAAAACCAAUCCUCUUACAUCACAAGUCUUCUCCUGGUGCAAUUAUCAAAUUGGUUGAAGAACUUGAUGUUCUAGGGACUGGAUAUUCUAAUGAAGAAGAAGCAAAGCUUUCUGAGAGCACUGUGGUGAAGCAUGCUUACCACAAAGUUUUUGCGGUGGAUGCGUUGAGGGUGAUUCAGUUGAACUCCAUUUCAUUUAUGAGGCACUGGAGGAGGAAUUGUAGGAAGUACCUCACGAGCUUGAAGGUUAAGCCCAAGGACCAACCUUAUGAAGAAUUUGGAAACAAGCAGGAUGCUAAGGCGAAAUGA